UCUAUUCCAAGGUGACAGAGCCAGACUCUGUUUCAAUAAAUAAAUAAAAAUAGUCAAUUCUGCUUGGGAGAUUGAUGAGCAUUUGUCAAAGGAUGGAAUAUUAGAACUGGACUCCUAGAUAGAAAAAGGAGGAGGAUGGAGCUGGGUGUGAGAGUCCAGGUGAAAGGUAUAGUGUGACUUGGUUGCAGCCAUUCUUGGUCCAGAGACCUGCUGGUUGUCUUCAUUUCUGCUUUGUCUGUUCUAAGUGGUGUAACCAAAAGUAUUAAGGUAUAAUGCUGCUAUCAGCUAUAACACUGUACUGCACUUUGAGAAGAUAAUUUGAGUUAGGUUUUCAAUUCAAAAGGAAUAAUGAGUCACCUAAGAUAGAAAGUCAUUAGGGAGCUGUCUAGCUAUAUUUGGCUUUCCACCUCUUUGAGUAGACCUAAAUCCGCUCUGGAGGUCAUGUACGUCUCUUCGUCUUUCUUAAUGCUUUCCUUUCUAUCUUGGGACUUCUUGUAAAUAAGAAAAGCUGCUUUGUUUAGUGUAUUUUUGUUUUGGAGAGUUUUUCUCUCCCUCAAAAUUGAUUUAGUUGUGGCUAAGGGGAAACAACUGAAGAGGCAGCUAUCAUAGAGAUUGUAUUUCUGAAGAGGCUCAAACUCUAGGACGAAAAUUGUAGACAGAAGCCAUGUAGCUAAGAGUCUUUAUGUCCUUGAAUUUCAUGUUCAAGAACACUUAUCUUGAAAAAUGACUUGACUGGUCACAGGAAGAAGGUAGGAACAGAUAUAACGUUAAAACAUUUGAAGUGAUAUCUGGGAUAAAAGAAACAACAGCAGUCAAAAGUUGGUCCUUUAAAAGGUUCCCUCUAAAAUGCUGGCAACAUUAAAUAAAGAUGAUCACUUCUAAAAUUCCGGUUUUUAAUUUGACAAAUGGUUCCCAUAAAUCUGGCCACCAGUGCAUAGAGCAUUCAUGUACCUGGUGCUCUUACAAUUUCAUGUGUCAUGGAGCUCGUGGCUCUGUACCAUCUAAACAGGGUGUCUAACCCCUCCAGUAUGGAAAGUGAGCCAACACGGCCUGCAGGAACUCCACUAAUUGCCAUACUUCCCCACCUCUCACCAACUCCUCUGCUUCCUGUUCCUCUCUUCUUGGACCACAUUUCCAUGGUAAAAGAAUAAGAAUAGCUUUUCAAGUCCUGAAUAUAAAUUAUUCAUUUUGUCAGGAUUCAUUAUUCUAAAACUGAAGGUUUUUUUGCUGACUGUGAGGGGACUAUGUGUACCAGGGAGCCUGGCUGGGGAGAGCAUAUUGCUCUCUUAGAACGCAAGGGAGAGCUUUUGACGAAUCAUUACACAGUUACAAUUCUGUUUAUAAAUGGGAAGAAAGUGCUGUUUUGGGGGCUUUUGUAGUUUAUUGGGUUUAUUAGGGUAUACACUUCAUCAGAUGUAAAGUUGACACUGCCUCAGAAAUUCGAAAAGAAUUUAGUUCAUAAGAGUUCCCAGAGAACUGCAGUGGAGGUGAGGCAUACUGAUGCCAUGUUGUACCAGGUAAUAUUUUAUUUCCUUAUUUUAGUCAAUAAUCUGAUUUGUACACUGGUUAAAAGUUGCCAUUUUAAAAACAUUUAAGAGAUAGCUUCUUUUUAAUAGAGGGUUACGUCACCAUCUUUCUACUUGGGAAGUCGGUUUUAAUCAGGACUCACAAUCACAGGGUUUCCUGUGGCAUGAGAAAGGCUUGGCAUCCUGCUGCAGUGAGAUUUUAGUAUUGGAGUAACUCACAGUUGGCCCCUUCCCCUGCUGUCAAGCUCCCGCUGACCGUGGGUCCCGGUCAGGCCUGGCGUGAAGGCAGUGGAGUCCCACGUCUCCCGUCCCUGGGAAGCGGCGCCGCGGCUGAGCGGAGACAGCGCACGCACCUGUUCUUCCCGGCAGGCUAUGGCUCAGAAGUCUUACCCUUGUUUUCCUCUCUAGUGAACAGAAGCAUUUUCAUUUGGCACACAUACUGAAAAUAGAAAAUGAAUUCUAGGGCUCUGGGAGUUGGCCUGUUAAACAUGUCAAAUGUUGAGAAUCCAUGUUUGUAAAACUAACUCCAGGAUUCACUUCCUAGUAAAAAAAAAAAAAAAAAAAGCCUUUCCCCCUCAGACUGAGCACCUGCUGAGAGCAUGCGCAGUAGCGGUCUGGGGGCGGGGCCUGCGCAGCCGCAGUGGACGGCAACAGAAGCGGCCAACGGUCACCAGCCAUUUUGGCCUCCGUCCGUUGUUGCCUGAAGCGUCUUCCCUUUCUCUUCCUCCGCCUCUUGAGUGAGUGGCCAUGAGCUGGGCUGUGGCAGUUCUGCGGGCCAGCCGGAGAGUGAGCUCUGCGGGAGCAAAUUUCCCAUGCCCAGGGAUGGCUGUGAGUCCCCAUGGCGCCGCGCGCGUCCCUCUGAGGGGCACCUGGCUCUGCACCCCCGCGGCCAACAUAGCGACCGUGAAGGGGGAACUGCUGAAGAGCUUCGCGGCGGAGGGCCCGGUUCGCAACAACAAGGUCUCCAUUAUAGGCACUGGGUCGGUUGGCAUGGCCUGUGCUAUCAGCAUCCUACUAAAAGGCUUGAGUGAUGAACUUGCCCUUGUAGAUCUUGAUGAAGGCAGAAUGAAGGGUGAGACGAUGGAUCUUCAACAUGGCAGCCCUUUCGUGAAAAUGCCAACUAUUGCUUGCAGCAAAGAUUACAGUGUCACGGCAUGCUCCAACCUAGUGAUUAUCACAGCAGGUGCACGCCAAGAAAAGGGAGAAACACGCCUCAAUUUAGUCCAGAGAAACGUGGCCAUCUUCAAAUCAAUGAUUUCCAGUAUUAUCCAGUACAGCCCCCACUGCAAGCUGAUUAUUGUUUCAAAUCCAGUGGAUAUCUUAACUUACGUAGCCUGGAAGUUGAGUACUUUUCCCAAAAACCGUGUUAUUGGAAGUGGCUGUAAUCUGGAUACUGCUCGUUUUCGUUUUUUGAUUGGGCAAAAGCUUGGUAUCCACUCUGAAAGCUGUCAUGGAUGGGUCCUUGGAGAGCAUGGAGACUCAAGUGUUCCUGUGUGGAGUGGAGUGAAUAUUGCUGGUGUCCCUUUGAAGAAUCUGAAUGCAGCCAUAGGAACUGAUAAAGACCCUGAGCAAUGGGGAAAUGUCCACAAAGAUGUGAUUGCCAGUGCCUAUGAGAUUAUUAAAAUGAAAGGUUAUACUAAUUGGGCCAUUGGCCUAUCUGUAGCUGAUUUAACAGAAAGUAUUUUGAAGAAUCUGAGGAGAACACAUCCAGUUUCCACCAUAAUUAAGGGCCUCUAUGGAGUAAAUGAAGAAGUAUUCCUUAGUGUUCCUUGUAUCCUGGGAGAGAAUGGUAUUACACACAUUAUAAAAAUAAAACUGACCCAUGAAGAGGAAGCCCGUCUAACGAAGAGCGCAAAAACACUUUGGGAAAUUCAGAAGGAGCUCAAACUUUAAACUGUCAUUCUAAAAUGAUUGAAGAAGAGAUAGUAGAUAUAGGAUUGUAUGUGUCAAACUACCAUUCUGAAAUUAUUAAAGAAGAGAUAGUAGAUAUAGAUAUAGGAUUAUAUAUGUCAAACUUUUGAAUAAACUUGAAUUCCUAAAAGAUGGAAAUGGGAGAGUGGGUAGAAUAACUUCACUGUUUAUUUAGCAUUCAGAUGCUGUAUGAUACUUACCUUUUUACAGUUCCCAAGUAACUGUAUGAAAGAAGGUGUUUAUGGUGCCUCUGAUGUGCCAGUAGUUGCCUUUUAUGUAGUUGCCUUUUGGUCCCCCACCCCCAAAAAAAGCAGGAUGUAGGUGUUUCUUAUGUUCUAGAAAUUUUGGUUCUUUUCAUUAGAUACAUGCUAAUUCUUUCACUCUGGCUGGCUUAUACCUAAGUUCAUUUAUAUGCUCUAAAAAAAGUUGUAACCUCUACAGUGUAAAAAUAAAAGUAUGUACACACAGAA